UCCAAUGAUCCUGAUUAUAUGCUAAGUAUAAAAGAUGGAGGAGGAAAAGGAGCAACCUCGAGACAUCUUCCCAAAUUCCCCAGAUGAGGACCCCACAGACCUUGCAAGAAAAGCUGGGAAAACAAAUUUGCUGCAAUGGAUGGAGAUAUCAGUUUCUGAACCUGAGAAACGAACAACAACAUCCAUGAAAGUCCAGGACACAUACAUUGUAUAUCUCAUAGAAACAAGGAUAACGGAUGUGAAGCUCAAGUGUUUUGGUGAUGGAACAACAUCACUAUGGCGGAGAUAUAGCGAAUUUGAACUGCUGCGUAACUACCUGGACAUCACAUACCCUGCAGUAGUAGUACCACCAUUACCGGAGAAAAAGGUUACUUACGUAUGGCAGAACUCGGCCACUGAUAAGUUUGACCCUGACUUUGUUGAUAGACGCAGGGCAGCGUUAGAGAUAUUCCUACUGAGAGUAGCUGCUCACCCCAUCCUGUCACAAGACAAGGUCUUCAUCGGAUUCCUGCAGCAGGAGGAAGGAUGGAAGGACUUGGUGUACAACACAGAUUUCCAAAGCAAGGCUGAUUCCAAAUUGAAGAGCUUAAGUGCAUCUUUUCGCCUGAAGAAACCAGACCGGAGAUUUGAGGAGCUGAAGAACUACAGCAAUGAGCUUGAAAAUAAUAUUUCCAAUCUACUGAAGAUCCGAGCUAGAAUGGCUGACAAGAUUUAUGGGAUCCACAAAGUACAUGCUAACUACAGUCGUGUGUUUUGUGAGUGGAGCGGUAUAGAGAAGGACAUGUCGGAGCCUCUACAGAGUGCAGGUCACUACAUGAAUGUGUUCAGCCAAUCAGUGGACAAUGCUCUGGAGGAUGAAGAGCAGUAUGCUGACCAACUCAAGGAAUACCUGGCAUUUGGAGAUGCCCUCAGGUCCGUGUGUAGGAAGUACGAGUGUCUACAGUACGACCUUGAGCGAGCCGAAGACAACCUGUCUUACAAGGCCAGUCAGAAAGAGCAGAUGGAGAACCCGGAAAGUCCAUCCCAGGUACAAGGAAAGGCUGGUGGUUCAUUCUCCUUUACCGGAAUGAAGACAAAGCUGUUUGGGGGGGAUACACCUGAGCAGCGAGACCAGAAGAUUAAACAACUGGAGGAGCAGAUCCAGCAGGCGGAGCAGGAACUUCAGCAGACCAACGAGGACACACAGAAGUUUGUAGAAGCUGCCCUGCGUGACAUUGAUCGAUUCAAAAGACAGAAAGUCAAGGACCUUAGAGAAAUAUUUACCAACUAUGCGAUCAUGCAAAUAAAGCAAAGUAAAAAGGGAAUUGCAAUUUGGACCAGUGCAAAAGACUGCUUCACGAAAAUGUGAAUUUACAGACAUCAUGUAAAGUAAAAUUUCUGUUACCACUUUUUUAUGAUAACUUGUGACCUUAAUGUGGACUUACAGUUGGGUCAUUCGGGUGUUUAAAACAUUUGUAAUUGACUGCUAUGUAAUGCACUAUGUUUUCUUUGUAUAUUUGUCUGUAUGAUAUUAUGCAUGAUACACACAGUGUUGAAGGGCAAGAAUGGGACCAAAUUUUACCCACUUACCAGUGGGAACAUACUGUGAUGUGGGGGGAAUUGAAAGGGAGACAAUCCAACACAAUAAUCAUAAAUAAUUUAUAGGAUGAGAUAUCCACUUAAGUAUAUAUGUGUACAAUGUUCUAGUUACGGUUAUUGACACAAUGAAAUACUACCCUGCAUGAAAAUGUUUCUUUUUUUUCGGA